UGAGAGUUGUUUCCUAGGUAUUCAUUGGAGGAUAGGGGUCCAUAUUUUUCCACCUCAACUGUUUGAUUACUCGAACUAGUCUCUAAAGAUGAUGAUCAUCUCGCUGCAAAUGCGUCCUUCUUGUGCCUUCUGGUCGUCGAUUAUAUCACGGCGGACCACAGCGCAGGUCUUGCCUCUGCUUCUCUGGUUCCUGGUUCACGUAAACGUUCUCGUUCUGGCUCUGUCCAAAUUGAUCGAGACCGAAGGAGAGACAGUCGCGGCGGAUGAAAAGGGCUUAUCUCCUACUAUCCAAUCUCUUCUGGAGGCGCGAUUGAUAGUUACAGAAAACGGAGCUCAAAAACAAACCUUCUACUCAGCCUUGCGAAAAAUCAGAUAUGAUGCUCAGGCUGACACAGCCAUGAAACAACGUACUCCACUUUUUCCGGGAACUCGCGAUGAAAGCUCCAACAGCAAGAGUCAACAAGGGGAUGAAAUUAUCAUGGUAGAGAGAUUGCAGGUGCAGCGCGAAGAAGGAAACAUCAAGGUAAGCGCAAAGCAUGAUGAAAGGGAAACGCCGUUAGGAAGCGGAACGUUUGGGCGCGCAGUUAGAGUAUCAUACACGACUGAUUGGAAGGCGUGGCCCGCUCAGAAUCACUAUCAAGAAAGAGUAAUGAAGCACGUUGCGAUCUCGCUGAGCCACAUCAAGGGCAAGGAGCUAAAGCGCCUGCUUGCUCUUCUAGGUGAAACAGCUCAAGUAGGAACAAGACAUAACGAGGUGGGAACUUCGUUCUUUGUGGGAGAUCAUCAAAAGAGUGAGGAUGAAAACAACGCCAACUUCAGAAGCGUGCUUCUGUGGCUUUUUGACGGUGACACGACUGAAGCAGUAGCCAUGGCGCUCAAAGAAGCUUACGUGGCCCUUGACAUUUCUAGCAGACCAGAGGAGCAACGUCAAUGCUGCGUCCCUACGAACAGUGUGCGUGUCGCUUUUUCUGAGACUGUAAAGUCGAUUGGCCAAGAAGGUAUACUUAAUGCUCAUUUUCUCUUCGAGAUGCCAUCUCUGGAAAUGAACCUGCAUGACUUCUUGACACAGCAAGUCCCUGUUUCUCCGCCAUUGCUGCAGUCGUUGUUCAUGAAGGAAAUCACAGCAGUUCAGGGCAUGCACUCUCUAGGAUGGGUACAUGGUGACGUGAAGCUUGAGAAUUUCCUUGUUGAAGGGAAAACAGAAACGUCGGAUUCGGAAGAUCUUGGAACAAUAACCGUCAAGCUCGCAGAUUUCGGCUUGUCGUCGCCAGUCUCACUGGAGCGGACGAAGGAUGACGGAGGCUCAUUUUACUACAUGGACCCGCGCCUUCUUGGCGACCCGCUCAAGAGAAGCGCAGAACCUGCAAAACCCAAAGCCGGUAAAAAGCAAAAUAGAAAUGCAUUCCCAGUCAAUGAGACUCCUGACUUUUAUUUGAUUGGUUAUAUUAAGUUUUAGUUAUUGCGUAGAAGUUCUACUCCACAUAGUACAACUUGUUAUCUUUUGUCAUAUCGUCAAGAACAACAUUCCGAUCCCGAUUACAACAUUCCGAUCCCGAUUGAUGUCACUUCUCACAGGUGCAAAGCGUUUGCCGAAGCCGAAGCCAAAGCCAGUGCCAGUGCCAGUGCCAGAGCCAGUGCCAGUGCCAGUGCCAGUGCCAGUGCCACAGGCGCACGCAUGCGAUAUCUGGUCGCUUGGGAUAGUGCAGCAUGAAAUGGUUUCAUAUUUCUGGAAAACUGAUGAUGCUAGCCAUACGAAGUUCUUGCGGGAGAGCAUAGAAUACUGGAAGCGGUGGAGAUUCGAGAUCACCAGGAAGCUUGAAGAUGAAGGGGGUGUUGACCCUUUACAGAAUGGGUUUCACAAGUGGUGGGCGGUCCGGGCGGUCCGCGCUGCACAAGGUUCAGACGCUGAUGAUCAUGCUGCGCUCAAUCUCAAGGAAACUGAUUUUCCACCUCCAUUCAAUACCAUUUCUCACGACGAACUAUUAUCCGCGUGUCAGGGCAAUCGUCCACCUCCGAGUCUUGCGCUUCAGCAGCCAAGCACCCCUGCCAAACCAGCAGUAAAUCGACGCCAGCAUGGGUACCCUAAACGUCAGCGACCGGCUGAUAAACCCAAAGCGCAGGCUCCUGUCAAAGUCAAUCUGAGCCCAGAAACGAGAAAGUUUCUCUGUUUCAUGUUGGCCCUGCAGAAGCACGCUUUGCAUCACGACUACAAAAAGCGAAACUUGGAUAAGCUGGGGAUGUCAUUGAAAGCACUUAGUGAUGAGAAUUACGCAGGAGUAGUUUCGCAACAGGCGAGUCUCAUUGAGAUGACCUCCCCCAACACCAACUCGCUUGCGUCUUCUGAGGCAAGCAAAACCACCCUCGAAAAAGAAGAUCUUCACGGGACAAGAUCUACGUCUUCUGAUACAAUAUCUGCGUCUUCUGAUGCGAGUAGAACUACUACCUCCAAUGAUCAAGAGGACAAUCACAAACAGCAGUCCACGUCCUCCAGCAGUCAUAUAGAACUAGAUCCUAGUAGCAACGUCCUUGUCAUUGUUCCGGAAGACUCCCAUCAAUCUGCUCCUGUGGAGACGGUGGAGACUCCCCAGAAGGAAGCAGCUCAUCGUGCUGGUUUAACUACAGACGAGCACGACAGUCCGAAAUUAAUCACCAAUGAUGCUGCCGUAACUGCAGAGAGUUCGACAGUAGAUGCCAGUUCAUCCGGCGCACGAGCCAAUGUUGCAAGACAGAAGAAAACAACUAUCAACAACAACUUCAAUGCGUUUUUGGAGCUCCAGGGCUUUGUGAGGAGCUCGAAGACAGACAACAACAUCGACAAGGAACAGGUCGUCGCCACUGAGUCAAGACCCUCGGUCCUGAGUCACUAUCUGGAGGCAAGCGAGGGGAUUUGGUCUGGCCUUGUUGAGCUGUGACCUCUUUUUGGAAAUCCAUUUGGGGACAUGAUUGAGACUCUUCUAACUUCUUGGGUGGAAGGAUUCAAGUUGAAAGGCAUCAAAAUUCAAUGGUAUUUUUGGACGAAAACAACAUAUUCUUUCAUGUUGUCGCUUCUUUAACACGCAUGCAUAUCAUAGGAGAAUGAGAAACAAAGAAGAUUAGUGGGC